GAAAGAAAACCAGAGUCGACUUCUCCUCUGUGUGGACAAUAAAAAUUAAUACCUGCUGAAAUCUUCUCUUACAAAACUCUCUUACUAACUUUUCUCCUUGAAGAGAUCAACAGAGCUUCAUCAUGGCAGUUAGCUGCAGACAGAUUCUGGGUUUGGUCUCAGCCAUCAUUGGUGUUCUAGGGACAAUAGUUAUCUGUUUCCUCCCAUUGUGGAAAGUCUCAGACUUCAUUAGUGCUGACAUUGCCACUACUUAUGUGAUCUUUGAGGGUUUGUGGGUGAACUGCAUUCUGCUGACUAAACAUGAGAUGGAGUGCAAAGAGUAUGAUUCUACGCUCACCUUACCUCAAGACCUGCAGGAUGCCAGAGUGCUCAUCGUUUUUGCUAUCAUCAUCCAGUUCUUUGGGAUUCUGCUUGGUGUAGUUGGGGCCAAGUGCACCAACUUUAUACCAGACGCAAGGCGAAAGACCAAAGCGGAUAUAGCUUCUGGAGUGUUGUUUCUCAUUGCAGCUAGCUUGGUGGCCCUGCCUGUCCACUGGACCACACGCACCAUUGUUAAUGAUAUGUUCAACCCUGACCUGGCCAACGAUCAAAGGAGGGAUCUGGGAGCUUCACUCUUCAUCGGCUUCGUGUCCGCAGGACUGCUAUACCUG